UCUAAGACACGGCACGGCGAAGCUAGGAGCAGCUGCUCCUGGUGGUGAUGGAGGAGGGGAGGGGAGGGGAAAGCUUGAGGAGCUUGGGAGCUUGGCUGAUAGCUACUCCAUAGUAAGUAGCUGAUCUGCGAGCAGGGAAAGAAAAAAAAAGUAAUAGGCUCACUUCCCAAGAUCGUCACAGCACUCGAUUCAGGUCCAGACACAAUGGCCAACUUUGACGAUAGCAAGGCGUAUGCCGCCCAGGAGGAGGUCUUCUUCGACGACGGCCGUGAGAUUGAGCUGCUGCACUUUGUGUACAGCAGACCCAACAUUGACGAGAUCCGGGGGUCGCCCGAGAAGGUCCUAGCUGCCAUUGACGAGUAUGGACGGACAAAGAAGUAUCUCAUGAACGUUGGCGAGGACAAGGGCCGGAUUGUCACGGAUCUGAUCAAAGAGGUGAAACCAAACAUCAUGAUUGAGCUGGGCGGCUACGUUGGCUACUCUGCCGUCCUCUUUGGCGCGGCGGUGCGUGAUGCUGGUGGGAAGACGUACUACUCUCUCGAGCGCAACCCCGAGUUCGCCGCCGUCAUCCUGUCCCUCGUCGACCUCGCCGGUCUCAGCGACGUCGUCAAGGUCGUCGUCGGGUCAAGCGACGAGGGCAUCCGUCGCCUCGCGCAGCAGGGCCUCGACAAGGUCGACCUCAUGUUCAUCGACCACUACAAGCCCGCCUACCUACCAGACCUCAAGCUAUGCGAGGAGCUGGGCCUCAUCCAGCAGGGCACCGUACUCGCGGCGGACAAUGUCAUCAAGCCAGGCAACCCGCCCUACCUCGAGUACGUGCGCAGUCCCGUCGAGAAGAAGAAGGAGGUCUUCCUCGCGUCCACCUCGUCCAGCGGGCUGGGCACGGAGGACUUUGACGAUCGGUACUCGCAGCAGUACGAGAAGACGCAUGGGGCCGAGAGGCUGGACACGAUGAUCAAGGGCGAUCCGAGGCUGGUGUACAGCAGCGAGCUGAUCAAGAGCUUUGAGCCGACGGGCGUGCCGCGACAUGGUGAAUUGUCCGGCCAUUCUCGCCUCGUAAAAUGCCUCAAUUCCAUAGUAAGAAUCAAGAACCUGGCUCUCCUGGUGCUCAGCCUCGUCUUCCUGCCCAUCGACACCCUCGUCAUCCUAUGCAUUGACCUCUACUCGCGCCUCUUGGGCACGAGGCCAGGCCGCAAUGGCGCCGUCGACAAAAAGACCGUGCUGGUGACGGGCGUCAGCAUGGCCAAGGGUCUCGCCCUCGCCCGGCACUUCCGUCGCGCAGGCCACCGGGUCAUUGGCGCGGACUUUCACGCCCUGUCGCAGGGCCGCGUCUCGUCCGCCAUUGACAAGUUCUACGCACUGCCGUGGCCAGCGGCGGAGGAGGUGCCCGACGACGAGGACAUUGAGGAUGACGAAUACGCCCUGGCGCUGCUCAAGAUUGUGCGCGAGGACAAGGUCGACAUCUGGGUGUCCAACUCGGACGUCAGCGCUGCGAUUCAGGAUGGUCUGGCCAGGGACAUGAUUGAAUCGCAGACGAGUGCCAAGGCCAUUCAGCUCAGCGCGCGGCACGUUCGUCUUCUGCACGAGAAGGACUCGUUCAUGACGCUCUGCCACAAGCUGGGCCUGCCUAUUCCCGACACGCAGAUCGUCUCGAGUCGGUCGGAUAUCAUUGAGUUCUUCGCCAAGAGAGGCGGCCUCAAGCUCACGCCGGGCGAGCCAACGCGCUAUCUCAUCAAACCCAUUGGCGUCAACGACAUUGCGCGCUUCGACAUGCCGCUUCUGCCCCUGGAAUCGGAGGAGGAGACGCUGCGCAGACUGGACAGCAUCCCGCUCGGCAGCGGCAAGUUUAUCGUGCAAGAGUUCAUCCAGGGCUUUGAGUUCUGCACGCACGCCCUCGUCAUCCGUGGCAAGGUGCGCGCCUUUGUGUCGUGUCCCUCGUCCGAGCUCCUGAUGCACUACAAGGCUAUGGACCCCGACACGCCCUUGAGCAACGCCAUGCUGGAGUUUACCGAGAAGCUGGCCGCCUCGCUCGGCGAGACGUUCACCGGCCACGCCAGUUUUGACUUUCUGGUCAAGGCUGGCGCGGACAAGGGCGAGGUCGUCGUCUACCCCAUUGAGUGCAACCCACGCGUGCACACGGCCGUCGUCCUCUUCAACGACACGCCCGAGCUCGUGGCCGAGUACCUCUCUGUUCUCCACGACACGCCGAGCAGGGGACCGCUCGUCGUGCCGCGCGACCCGCACAAGUACUACUGGCUCGGCCAGGAGGUUGUCGAGCGUCUCCUGUAUCCCUUGUACCGCGACUUUCCGGCCCUCCCGCACAAAACGCCCGAGUUUCGGAGCUUUGUUGAGCACGUCCAGUACUGGAAGGACGGGACCUUUGAGACCUGGGACCCGUGGCCGUGGUGGUGGCUGUAUCACGUCUACUGGCCCGUACAGUUUGCGCGGUAUCUCGUCUGGGGCCGCUGGCACAAGGUCAACGUCAGCACAGGAAAGGCCUUCCAAGCCAAGUGA